GCAAGUAUUUUCACCACACACCAUGUCCCUUCCGUCCUCCAUCGCAGGCUUCACGCCCAUCCCCGUCCAGUACUCGUCUUCCUCCACACACUACAUCUAUGCGAGGCCACACACUGGCUCCAAGAAGACCACAGCCCAGAGCCGGCGCGCCGCCCUGCCCGAGGGACGCACACUGUUUCUGGUCAACAUACCCCCAGACGCCACCGAGCGAGAAGUGACGCUCCUCUUCAAGCAAAGUGGGACGGUCGAACAGGUGAUCUUUGACGGCGAUGGACCUGCAGAGGAGGAGGAAGAACCCUCGAGCGACAGCGACGAAGAGGACGAGGACGGCAUGGACAUGAGCGGUGCGGAAGCAGAGCCCGAAGCAGAGGCGGCACGCCCUCGAAAGAAGCGCAAGACAUCGAAAGGCGACAAAACCGCCGCCGCCCCGCCAAUCGUGCCUCUCCCCCCACAAACAGCGCGGACGCUGCGGCGCACAGGACGCGCCGCGCACGUCGUCUUCCUCGACGCCUCCUCCCUCACACGCGCGCUCUCCGCGGCGCCCCCGAACACGAAACCGCGGCCCUGGCCGCGCGACCCCGACGCGCCCUCGGGCCUCGCACACUACGUCGCGCUCCACGCCUCGCGCCGCCCGCCGCUCGACGCCGUGAAGGCCCACGCGGACUCGUGGAUGACGCACUUCGAGCACGCGCAGACCAAGAGGCGGCAUGCGAGCAAGUACAAGCAGGGCGAGGCCCAGGUCGACGCGGACGGCUUCACGCUCGUCACCCGUGGCGGCGCGUACGGACAGACCCUCGGCGGCGGCGUCGCCAUCGCGAGCAAACGCUUCCAGCAGACCGGCGCGGCGUCGAAGCGCGGGCGCAAGCAAAAGAAGGAGUCGAAGGAGAAGGAGUCGUUUUAUGCGUUUCAGGUGCACGAGAAGAAGCGGAAAGAGCUCAUGGACCUCAAGAAGAAGUGGGAAGAAGACAAGGCCAAGGUCGAGAAGCUCAAAGAGAGUCGCAAGUUUCGGCCAUACUAGUCCUUGUGCACCCAUCUAUCCUGUAUUCAGCACCUUCAGCACGCCUGGAUAUAUUUCAUUUGCUGUCAUCUCGCACCAGGGAUAAAGGCACAGUAGGGCAGAAAUUCGAUAGAUCUAGGCAUGGAUACACAAAUUCGAGGCCACGACAGCCGUGAUCGUCGAGC